ACCGCGGAUUUGCCACGGUAUUCCAGCUCGAUCAGGAGCAUGCUGCAGCAGCGGCAUGUUCUAGUUCACCUAAUGCAUUGCGUGGUAAGGAAUGGUGAUACGGCUUCCUUCUGGUUUGACAACUGGAAUGACAUGGGUCAGUUAAUCACUGCUCUCAGGGUAAAUGGCCUUCGUCAACUGCGAAUUCUGUUGGAAGCUUCAGUUAUUAAAGCCACAUCGAACGGACUUUGGGCCCUACCUGCAGCAAGAACAGAGGAAGCGGAGACGCUCCAAGUUGUUCUGUCUACGAUCACCCCCUCUCCCCUAUGCUUCAAGGGGUCCGGAUCAAUCUCCGAUGAUCUAACUCUCCGUCGUUCAGCGAGAGGAGUAAUAACGAAACUGCUCUUUCAGGUUACCAUCUAUCAGUUUUGGAAGGAGCGCAACAGGAGGAUCUUCAACUCAGCUUCCACAAACACUGCUGCAGUUCGCGUGGCUAUUGAUCGAUCAGUGAGGAAUCGCCUCUUCUCUAUCCCCGAUCCAAGCGACGGCGCCCUUCUUUGCUAG